AUUAUAAAAUUGUAUAUGUCUCCUCUAAUAUCUCAUUUUACACAACUCCAACAUGCUUCAAAAUAGCUUCUUUUAUUGACCCUUCCUCUUAUUAAAAUCCCUCACAUCUCUAUACUUCUUUUCACUACAUGAAAAACAAAACAUGGAAUUUUUCACACCAAAAAUCUUCAUAUUUUUCUCUUGUCUUCAACUCAUAUCACAAGCCAAAAUCAUAACAUUUGACAAACAAUAUGGUGAUCCUUUUGAUCACACAUAUGCUCCUUUACUUGAAAUCAAAUAUCCUGCACAAAUAAGCAAUCAAGCACUUCAAAUCACCCCUGACACAGCUUCCACUGCUUACAAAACGUUAAAUAAUUCAGGCAGAAUCCUACUAAAACAACCUUUCAAAUUAUGGGUAGACGAUAUUUCAAGGACAGCGUCUUUCAACACGUCAUUCCUAGUAAACAUUUAUAGACCGGAUAACAAAACAGCAGCCGAAGGUCUAGCAUUCUUGAUAUGUCCAAAUUUGGAUUUGCCACUAAACAGCCAGGGUCAGUACUUGGGCCUAACGAACGCUACAACAAAUGGUGCACCAUCCAACAAAAUAAUCGCGAUUGAGCUAGAUACAUUCAAACAAGAAUUCGAUAUUGAUGAUAAUCAUAUUGGGAUUGAUAUCAACAACGUUGAAUCCGUUAAAUCAAAAUCUUUAACACCAUAUGGAAUUGAACUAGCUCCAAUAGGUGAAAGAUUCUACAACAUAUGGAUACAAUAUGAUGGAAUCAAGAAAAUACUUGAUGUGUACAUUAUUGAACAAAUGACAAAAAAUGGGGCAACACCAACAAGGCCAAAAGUACCAAUACUAACACACAAUGUUGAUUUGAAAGAAAUUGUAAAUGAAGAUUCAUACUUUGGUUUCUCAGCUUCAACAGGACAUUUCAAACAGUUGAAUUGUGUGUUGAGAUGGAAUUUAACAGUUGAGUAUUUUCAAGAGAAGAAUAAUCAAGAAAAGGUGGUAAUAAUAAGUGUAAGUGUUGGUGUGACACUAUUGAUUGUUUUAUUAAUUUUGUCAGGGUAUUUUGGGUAUUAUUAUUUUUUUAAUGAGAAAAAAAGGGAUGAUAAUAGGUCAGAAUCUACUAUAUUAGGUGCAUUAAAGAGUUUACCUGGAAUGCCUAGGGAUUUUGAGUUUAAAGAAUUGAAAGAAGCUACUAAUAAUUUUGAUGAAAAAAAUAAACUUGGUGAAGGUGGAUUUGGAGUUGUGUAUAAAGGGUAUUUAGUUGGUGAAAAAAUGGAAAUUGCUGUGAAGUGGUUUUCUAGGGAAAGUAUCAAGGGUCAAGAUGAUUUCUUGGCUGAGUUGACAAUUAUCAACCGUUUAAGGCAUAAACAUCUUGUCAAAUUACUUGGAUGGAGCCAUAAGCAUGGUAAGCUACUCCUUGUAUAUGAAUACAUGCCAAAUGGUAGCCUGGACAAACAUCUCUUCUCCUCAGGGCAGCCACUCAGCUGGAGUGUGAGGUACAACAUUGUAUCGGGAGUCGCGUCAGCUCUUCACUAUCUUCACAACGAAUACGAGCAGAAGGUAGUCCAUCGCGAUCUCAAGGCAAACAACAUCAUGCUCGACUCAAACUUCAAUGCACGUUUAGGUGAUUUUGGAUUAGCACGAGCCAUUGACAACGAAAAGACCUCCUAUGCUGAUGAAGGUGAAGGUGUACUUGGCACGAUGGGAUACAUCGCGCCAGAAUGCUUCCACACUGGAAAAGCAACUCAACAUUCUGAUGUCUAUGCAUUCGGAGCUGUGUUGUUGGAGCUAAUAUGUGGCCAAAGACCUGGAACUAAAGUGAAUGGCUUUCAACUCUAUCUUGAUUGGGUUUGGUUCUUGCAUCGCGAUGGGAGAAUCCUUGAAGCUGUUGACACGAGGCUCGGGGAUCAAUACGUGGUUGAAGAAGCAGAGAGAUUGUUACUACUUGCUCUGGCUUGCUCCCAUCCAAUUGCCAAUCAAAGACCUAAGACACAAACUAUAGUUCAAGUUAUAUCAAGAUCAGUACCACCACCACAAGUACCACCAUUUAAACCAUCAUUUGUUUGGCCUUCUAUGGUUCCAAUUGACAUAGAUUCAUCCGAUACCAUAUCCAUCACAACUCCUCAGUACAGUUCAGAGAACAACAGUAUUGAAUAUCAAAGCAAUAGCUUGAUUUAGGCCACUUCACAUGGAUAGCACCUCAUGUAUAUAUUUCUCAGACUGUUCGGUUUGUUGUAUUAAAAAUGACAAUGUAUUGCAUAAUUUCUAAAGGGAAGUUGUUUGUUUACAUUA